CCUGGUACUUUAGCGAUUAACGAAAUAGUUUUUGCGUCAGGAAUAAUAUGACGGUUUGGUAUUGAAUUGAAAAAUAUUACUAUUUUUGAUAAAUUUAUUUUGAAAAAUGCCGAAAUACUAUAGAUUUAGAGCCACAACACCCACACGCAGAACAAAGAGGUGUAAAGAUAAGGACAAGGAAAGGGAUGUGGAAAGAACGAGCCAGUCCGUGAAUAAUUGGUUGGAUUUGACAUUAGCUUGCACGCUAGCGCCAUCUUGGUAUCUUCGGCGCACGUCCUGGCGCGAGACUCCACCUCUAAUGGGGCUUCCAAGACAAUUAGCUACCGAUCUCCGUGCUUCAUUACAAUUUAAUAAUCGACCUGUCUUUGUUUUUAAAAUACCUCAAACAGAUGCGUUCUAAGUAAUUGUUAUGGAUGCAAAUAUACAUUUAAUAAAUUUUCGCGCGUAAUCGAUUGUCAAAAAAUGGGACGUGAGCUUGUUCGAAAUUUUUGUAUGAUUUUUAUAUUUUAUUCACUUGAAUAAUGUAACUAAUUUGUACAAAAUAAUUGUGGAGUUAUUACCUAAUU